AGAGUAAAACGUGCCCAGUUGGUCAAAUAUGUAAGAAUGUACAAUGUAUCAAGGCCCCGUGUGAUCCUAUAUGUGAAGAUGAUCCGAACAAGCUUCCUUGCUCUCCUGUGCAAACCGCUAACGGACAGCAAAUAUUUUGUGGACGUGGGCCAAGCAGACAAGACUGCCCCCUUGGAUCCGAAUGUGUGAUAUCACCCGUCGAUGCAUAUGCAGUAUGUUGUCCCAAGAAAGACUGUGUUCACAAUAAAAUAACUUACAAGCACGGGGCUAGCUUCCCUCGUGGCGACGGAUGUAACACUUGUCGUUGUUCUGACGGAAUUGUCCCUUGUACCAAAGUAUAUUGUCCAAAUUGCUUUUAUGACGGUGUUUAUUAUGCUGUUGGAGCAUCGUACGACGCCACAGACGGCUGUAACAAAUGUUCAUGUGCAUCGAAUGGCAAAACUUUGUGUACAUUAAUGGCAUGUCCACCUUGUGUCCACAAUAAAAUAACUUACAAGAGCGGGUCUAGCUUCCCUCGUGGUGACGGAUGUAACACCUGUACGUGUCGUGGUGGAAAUGUCGGCUGUACCAAAGCCUAUUGUCCUCAUUGUUUCUAUGACGGAGUCUACUAUGCUGAAGGAGCAAACUUCGAUGCCACCGACGGCUGCAAUAAAUGCUCUUGCUCGAAUGGCAACGUAGCGUGUACCCUGAAGGCGUGUUAUUAAUAAUGGAACUAAACGACAGUGUUCGCUGAAUCUUGGACUGAUGAUUUUGUAGAUCUACAGAAAUACAAAAGGGAAUAAUUUAAAUUAAUCGAUUCAUGUAUAAAAUAAAAA